GUUUUCAUUGCACUAAGGGAGAGCGCUGUUGACUGUGGAGUAAGUCCCUCUGUACGAUAACUCAAUGUGACACUGGUGGCACAACAAGGACCGACCAUGAGCUGCACAGACGUCACACUCUCGUCAGGCCAGAGGUUGCCAGCCGUGGGCCUGGGCACCUGGAAGAGUAGCCCUGGGCAGGUGAAGCAGGCGGUGCUGGCUGCACUGGACUGCGGCUACAGGCACAUCGACUGUGCGGCGGCCUACAGUAAUGAGCACGAGGUGGGGGAGGCUCUGGCUGAGAGAGUUGGGCCCGGAAAGUCCCUAAAGCGGGAGGAGGUCUUUGUGACCUCUAAGCUGUGGAACACCAAACACCACCCUGAUGAUGUGGAGGCCGCCUGCCGGAAGACCCUCUCCGACCUGGAGCUCAGCUACCUGGACCUGUAUCUCAUGCACUGGCCCAUGGCCUUCCAGAGGGGGGUGGAGCUGAUGCCAAGACAGCCUGAUGGCACGGUUCGCUAUGCAGAUACCCACUACCGAGAUACCUGGGUGGCCAUGGAGAAGUUGGUGGACCAGGGCCUGGUGAAGGCUAUAGGGUUGUCCAACUUCAGUGCAAAGCAGAUUGAUGACAUUCUUAGCGUGGCAAAGCACAAACCAGUUGUGAACCAGGUGGAGUGCCACCCGUACCUGAUCCAGUCAGAGCUGCUGGCCCACUGUAAGAGCCGAGGGGUGGCCGUCACCGCCUACAGCCCCCUGGGGUCACCUGAUCGUCCCUGGGCCGCCCCAGGUGAGCCCCUGCUGUUAGAAGACCCACGGAUCCUCACCAUGGCCAAACACUACAACAAGACCCCAGCCCAAGUCAUCAUCAGAUGGCAGGUGCAGAGGGGAGUCAUAUGCAUCCCGAAAAGCGUCACUCCGUCCAGGAUCAAGCAGAACCUCGAGGUGUUUGACUUUGAAAUAUCAGAGGAAGACGUGAAGCAGAUUGCCUCCUUCAAUCGUAACGAGAGACUCAUCAUACCCACGAUAGAGAAAGAUGGUGUGAGGGUGUGGAGGGAUGCGAUUCACCCUCACUUUCCCUUCAAUGAUCCUUACUAACUCUCACCGAGCAACCACACCCAGGGAAGGACAGCUAUGCUGAACCAUCUUCUGAAUUCCCCAGCUACUGCACCAAGCACUGAGAAGAGUGACAUUCAAGUCUUGAGUAACAUAUACUGCAUACUCAGCCUCAAGAAUUAAUAAAUAAAAAAAUAUCACAUAGCAUUCACCUCA